AAACAUCAGAACUAUCCUUUAGUGAAAACAACCCAUAUGUUGAAACAACAAAAGAAAGUACACAAAUAAAUGAAGAACAAGAUGAACACAUGUUAGCAUCAAGCUACUCUUCAGAUGCAGAAGAAGAAAU